CGCUGCUGCUGCUGCGACCGCGUUGCUGCGAAGUUUACAGUGGCCACAUUUGAAUGUUAGCAGCGGAGUUAAUACUGACAACAGAUUGGCGUGUGUUCCGGAAACGGCGAAGACUCAGUGAGCCGCGUGGAAACGAGGCUCGGGCUCGGUCUGGUGCUUCUUCCGCUCGAGAGUCGUUCCCACGUCACAGGCGCGGCGCGGCGCGAGCCCCUUGUGUCGGAGUUAGUUUGUGUACAGUGUCGCGUUCAACCACGUCGGUGGUCACUUCCGUGAAACCACCGGGGGGCUUCGAUCUGCUGCGAAAAAACUGCUCUUCGGGGGAAAGACGAUUUGUUUUGGGGUUUUUUUUGUGACGAUUUGGUGAAAUCGUGACGAAUCGCACACAUUGGCUUCUGGAGCAACAUGCCUAUUAGGCGCUUCGGUGGUCACAGGUCUCUGGUCUCUCUCACCCCCAAACUGUCGUAUGGUCUCACCAAGAUGAACGUGUCAAGAAGCGGCUACCGCGUUUUCUCCGCCAACUCCAGCACCGCCGGCACCGAGCUGGCCAAGAAGAUCACAGAACGCCUGGGUGUGGAAUUGGGCAAGUCGGUGGUUUAUCAAGAGUCAAAUACAGAGACUAGAGUUGAUGUGAAAGAAUCUGUCCGUGGACAAGACAUCUUCAUCAUUCAGACCAUUCCCAGAGAUGUCAACACGGCGAUCAUGGAGCUGCUGGUCAUGGCCUAUGCCCUGAAGACGUCCUGUGCCAAGAACAUCAUCGGGGUCAUUCCCUACUUUCCAUACAGCAAGCAGUGCAAGAUGAGGAAGCGAGGAUCCAUUGUCUGCAAGCUGCUCACAUCCAUGUUAGCUAAAGCUGGAAUAACUCACAUCAUCACCAUGGACCUCCACCAGAAAGAAAUCCAGGGCUUCUUCAGUUUCCCCGUCGAUAACCUCCGAGCCUCACCUUUCCUCAUCCAGUACAUCCAGGAGGAGAUCCCAGACUACAGGAAUGCCAUAAUUGUUGCAAAAUCUCCUUCAGCUGCCAAGAGAGCUCAGUCCUACGCUGAGAGGCUGCGGCUCGGCCUGGCCGUGAUGCACGGGGAGGCCCAUCACUCGGAGUCGGACAUGGCUGACGGUCGACAGUCUCCCCCCUUGUCCCGAACCACCACAGGACACACCGGCCUGGAGCUGCCAUCAAGCAGCAGACAUCAUGUCCCAUUCCCUGGGAUAGAGCUCCCAAUGAUGAUGGCGAAGGAGAAGCCGCCCAUCACCGUUGUUGGAGAUGUAGGAGGAAGAAUCGCCAUCAUUAUUGAUGACAUUAUAGAUGAUGUGGAGGACUUUGUAGCAGCAGCAGAAAUCCUGAAGGAGCGGGGAGCCUAUAAGAUCUACAUCAUGGCUACACAUGGCCUGCUGUCUGCAGAGGCACCACGACUGAUAGAGGAGUCUGCGAUCGACGAGGUGGUGGUGACCAACACUGUUCCUCAUGAGGUUCAGAAGCUGCAGUGUCCAAAAAUCAAAACGGUGGAUGUCAGUAUGAUCCUUGCCGAGGCCAUCCGGCGCAUCCACAACGGGGAGUCCAUGGCCUAUCUGUUCCGCAACAUCGCUGUGGACGACUGAGGCAACACACUCAUACAUUAACAUUCCUGCACACACAAAGCAAAUACAUUAACAAGCAGACGCACACAUACGCCAAGGACCAAUAAUCCAGUCUCUGUUAUAACUGUUGUUCUGCUUGUUUUGCUGAUAAAUGUGCUGACAGAACUCGCCACUAUUUACUGUAUGUAACAUAUGAAGCAACUAAAACUCUGCUUCCUCUCAUGUGUUACAUAGUGGAAAUGUACCUAACAUUACAGACUGUUUCACUUCACUAAUAUAAGCUUCCCACCAUUUGGAGACAAAGAAUGCAACAUAAUGUAUCAUGGCAAAUAAAACUAUUCUUCUUGGGUGA